AGAUGUAUUUAUAAUGACGAGAUACUCGUCUCCGCCCUAACAAUGAGUCGAAGGCAGGCGACAUGGUCCAAAAUAAGCAUAUAGAAACGCUAAGGGAAACGCUUCUAUUGAACAGAUUUAGGCGAGAGUGAACCCUCUCGUUUCGCCUCUUCUUCUCUGGUUUUUGCUGCGGCCACCCAAUGGCCGCGACCCAGAAUCAGAGAACACAAAAAAUGCCCAACAAGACAUUUAGCUAUAUGAAUAGCAAAACCGCAGAGAGCCUAAACUGCUCAGCUAUUUAGCGUUUUCUUAAUUCUAUGGAAACGUAUUUUGAGAGCGGAAUUGGUACGGAAAUCAAAAUGCCUUGUCAAAAUCAGCAGCUGAACAACAAUGACAGACAAGAACACGCGGCAAUGAGCAGCACCAAGCAGGUUCGGUUUGCUAGCUGCGGAAACAGCGUUCUAACAGAGUCCAAUAGAGAUGCAGAAGUAGCCGAAACUUGUGAAAAUGUAUUCAACAGUGAACUACUGAGGCAGAUCGGAUCGCAAUUAAAACUGCUUCCUUUGAAUGACCAAAUACGAGAAUUACAGACCAUCAUUAGAGACAAGUCUACUAGCAGGGGAGAUUUUGUAUUUUGUGCUGAUAGAUUGAUCAGACUAGUGGUUGAAGAGGGACUCAAUCAGCUGCCAUACAGCGAGUGUACAGUGACCACUCCCACAGGGCAUAAAUAUGAUGGUGUCAAGUUUGAAAAAGGCAACUGCGGUGUCAGCAUUAUGAGAAGUGGCGAGGCCAUGGAGCAGGGCCUCAGAGACUGCUGCCGGUCCAUCCGUAUCGGUAAGAUCCUAAUCCAGAGUGACGAGGACACCCAGAAGGCCAAAGUCUACUAUGCAAAGUUCCCCCCAGACAUCAGCAGGAGGAAAGUCCUCCUCAUGUACCCCAUUCUCAGUACAGGUAACACAGUGAUUGAGGCUGUGAGAGUUCUGACUGAACAUGGUCUUCAGCCCAAACAUAUUAUCCUCCUGAGUCUCUUCUCCACCCCUCAUGGUGCCAAAUCCAUCAUUCAAGAGUUCCCAGAAAUCACCAUAUUGACCACCGAGGUGCACCCUGUGGCUCCCACACACUUUGGCCAGAGUAUGUGAGCGGAGUUGAGCAGACGGAAAUCCUGCUCGUCGCUUAUGGAGCGGUGCUCCACGUCCUUUCCAACCACUCCGCAACAAACCUCUCCGCUCUCACGGGGAAAAAUGCCGCUCCAAAUUCUCUCCAGUCAUUAAAAUCACCAUUUAACCAGCACGCAUCUAUUUUUUUGACUACCUGGACCUAGCAUUUGGUUUUUAAGUAUUGAAACCAAACCAUAUGAUUUGAAUGAAAAGUAUUAUAAUAAACAUGAAAAGGUGAAUGUAAAAAGCGCUCAUCAUUUCAAAUAGGCUACAUGUCAUAUUAAACAACGUAUAAACACUCAAAAGGUCAGGAGCCUAAGAAGGAACAAAAAAAUAAUAUUUAGGCUAUAUUAUUUCAAUUAUUACAAAGAAAUAUAUUGUGCAGCAUUUGCGAGUGCAACACAAUAGGCUGAUAGGGACAAAGCGCUCAGCAUUUAAACAACGUUUAGUUGUAUUCAAUCAUUAGUCUAUAAAUUGUGCUUUUAGGCUGUGACUUAGAAUGAAAUGAAAACAUUAUUAGGCUCAGUCUACAGUGCCUUUUGAAUUUAUUUUUAGAAACAUCAGUUUGUGGCUUCAUGCUCAUGUGAUGAUGCGUGGAGAGCAGGCCAGCAGCAGAGAAUAUCCUCUCUGCAGAGCCACUGGGGAUGCUAAACACCCUUUUGGCCACUCUUGCCAGGCUGGGUAGUGAUGCAGAGUUGUAUAUAUCUUUUUCUAUCGGUAGGCCUAAAGGUUUUUAGGCAAAGUAACCCAAUCAAAACAGAAAGCUCCUUGAAUGUUGGAAUAUUUAUUUUUUAUUUUACCUUUAUUUAACCAGGCAAGUCAGUUAAGAACAAAUUCUUAUUUUCAAUGACGGCCUAGGAACAGUGGGUUAACUGCCUGUUCAGGGGCAGAACGACAGAUUUGUACCUUGUCAGCUCGGGGGUUUGAACUUGCAACCUUCCGGUUACUAGUCCAACGCUCUAACCACUAGGCUACCCUGCUGCCCCAAUAUGCCAGGCUUAUUGGGCCAAAAUCAAUUAUGGCCUAUUGUGUGUGUGUGUGUGUGUGUAUAGAGCUAGAUAUAUGUAACAGAACUUUUAAGAUAUCUUAUUUUUAGUUUAUAAAUACUUUGCUACAAUGACACACUUAGUUCCUUUCUUUUAGCAUGUGCACUUAAUAAGUACACCAUCGUGCUUUCAGGAUAUGUUUUCAGUUUCCACAAUGAUUCUUUAGUUGUGGACACUACAUCACCACAAUCCCUCUCUUGCUCUUGGUCAUCAUCUUUGUAAGUCACCUUGAUUUUGCACAUGUGUGUUUUAUCAGUUUCUUUAUGAAAAUAUUUAGUGAGCUAUAGCAGCACAAAAGUAAACUACAAAUGCAUGCUACGCCAGCCAUGUCCUUGAACUGAGCGAAAUUGGAGCGGGCGAGAAGGCCGACGUUCCAGCCUUUGGGGAUCUCGCUCUGCGCUCCAGUCAAAAGGGCACGCUCCGCUCACAUACUCUGAUUCUAUUGUCUUGUCUUUUUUUCUUUCUUUAGUGUUGUCAUUAUUAUUGCCACAAACAGUUUUAAUGUAUCAUAACACUGAAAAGAAACAAACCAAUCAAGAGAAACUCUGACCAGAUCUGAAGUGCAAUUUGAUGGAAUAUGCAAUUUGGACAUUUCAGAGUGCAAAAGGCUGGAAAAAGAAGCUCAGAAAUACAUUGCCCUUAUGACAUCUAUGUGUAGUUAAGGAGUCAUCAAUCCUCCAUCGUUAACACAAUGGAAAGGUCAAAUGCUUUAUCUAAAUGUUGAAAGUGCGUGGGCGACAGAGAAACAAAACGAGGCAGUUUGAGGCCGUGAUGGGGGCGAUGGGGGUGUGACGUCGAGGUUUCUGUGUGUCUGUAUGCUGUUUGUACGUUUUGUAUCAUUCAAGAAAAAAAUAAAGAAUACACAGAUAAAACCCAUAUACAAAAAUAAAUGAUUAACUACA